GUCAAUAUUGGGCAAUAUCCUAAAUAACUCUUCAUCGAUUUUUUAGGCUUAGAUUAUUUGUCGGCUGCAAUAUUUAAGAACUUGGUAUGUUCAUCGAGAUUCCAAAAGAUCGAUGGAUCAACGCUUGUGUAACACGGUGCGCAAAACCGCGUGAGUCCUUAAUUUGUUGGCGUAUCGUGCAAGUAGUCUUUACUACGGCGCCGCAGUGAUGACUGAACCGGAGUCGGACGUAGCCCGAAUUUCCUGGAUAAGAGAAUCUACCGUCCGCGCAUCUUUUACAUAAGGCUAAUUCAUCUCCGUUAUUCUCCUACGGUGCACAUCACGUCUAGCAAUCAUUUCUAAAAACUAAAGUCUACAAAUAACGAAGACUCACAGGUAUACAUUCUUGUGCAGCGAAGUUUACCUUUGUACUGCACGCCUAACCUUGGAGCGCAGUGUCGUGCAGCGCUAAAAACGGUGGAGGAACACGUUGGAAGAGAGGAAUAUCUGUUUACUCUCCUGAAACCGUGGAGAACUAUGAGGCGAAUGGAGAGGGUAACCGCGAUCGUCGUUGACGUCGACACUUCAACUGAGAGACUGACUGCAUGGGCUCCCACAGUAUCACUUCAGUAGAUAGUUAUCUCUUCGUAUUCGAGAAUAAUUUAGGAAUAUCGUGAUUAAAUACAAUGAAGACGUAACUUGCGAGUUACUUAGGAACAGGCUGCAGCAGGAAUCAUGACUUCAAAGCAUAGUCCUGCUAAAGUUACAUUGGGUAUGACCAAGGGUAAACCACUUGCCAUAUCCGUCCCAGCCUUUCGUUACCAUGCUAGUGAUGAUGAGUUGGAAGAGUUUUUUCCAAGUACAGAUGAGGAGGAGGCAUUUACUUCCAAGUCGAACAAGCUUUCUCCAAAGUCUAGUCCCAGCAAAAGUGUUGGAACCAAAGUUGAUUGCAAUGAAGUUCCUGAAGGUGGACUGGAAAGACGAUCCACAAGUAUGGAUGGAAACUUAUCUGAAGGUACACCACCAUCCGAUCCAUGGAAAGUACUUUCAGAAAUUAAGGGAAAGAUUACAAAAACCUUCGAAGAGAAACUUUCUGAAAUAAAAAGCGAUCGAAGGAAGGGAAAAAGUAGGAGCAGAGACAAUUCAAGCAUUAGUGAUUCCGAAGGCCCGGGCGACGUCACGCCUACUGAAGACAAUGCAUUUGAAAAAUUGGAAAAGGAUUGUUCACCGGUGGUGCGUCGUCGGGGUCGUGCUUCCUCUACUUCUGGCGCUUCCUCCAGAUUCGCCGGAUUUUCUCGUAUCAAGACCGGUUUAAAGGCAAAGAACUCCGAGGAGGUCAGUGUCGAAAGUGGAAUUGAAGCCGCCGAACUUGCCGAAGAGGAUCCGUCCAAGACGAAUAGUACCACCGUAGUGGACGAAAGGGAUAGAACCAUCCCGAAGAUCGUUCGUGAAGAAGAAAGGGCAAGAAUCCCGACAGUUGUUAAAUCCAUGAGAUUAUUAGCUCACAACGAAGAAUCCUCUGGAACGAUUGGCUCGACUUUUGAGCAACCAUUUUCUUAUCUCAAAACUCAAAUUGUCUAUCGUUUAUUCGUUUUAAUGAUCGUCCUCUGGUGUUCUUAUUACGUGAUGCCGUUGCCCGGAUACCUCAGGGGCCUCGUUGCAGGAAUAUGUGCGACAGUGACAAUCCAAAAUAUUAUUAAUUGUAUUAUGAAAAUACUGACGACACCGCAGGAGCCACCAGUUGACGUUAUGUCCUCUGUUCCCGUCCUGGAGAUACCUGCCGCAGAAGAGCAUGCAGUAGUUGAACGAUACGAAGGCUGGAUGAACGAGCUUCCUUACCGUUAUGAUCCUGACAAUUAUCACGUUGCUCGCACAAAACCGGUAUUCUUUCGAUUGGAGAGCAACGUGUUGCGCGUUAUGGAAACAAGGACUAGGAUACCAAAGCGAGCCAUUUGGGACGAGCCCAAGCAUAAGGCCAAAUUCGUUCGAAGAAGAGCGUACUCUUUGACUGGUGCGAAAGUCGAGCUGCUUCCUGGGGGCCUCAUCAGAAGACGGAGAUGGAGUAAAAAGUAUCCUAUUUGCAUUACUCUCCAAGAGAAUGUAAUUAUUGAGACGAUUACCUUAAAAGGUUCAUCCGAUGACGAGGCACGACAGUUAGAGACCGACAAUGAGAAGCCCACCGUCGAGGAAGAAGAGACUGACGAAGAUCUGUCCCAGUCACGCGACACCAAGGACGUCUUCGAGGAUUGCAAUGAAGAUAUGAAUGAGCAGUGCAGAUUAUUCGUAUUUGCCAGAACGGAUCGGGAAAAGGAAGUUUGGUUCAGAAGACUGUUAUCUGCUGCAAAUUUAGCAAGUACACGAGACUCUGUAUCCUCGACAAAGGAUCCGCCGAUAUCAAAUCAGAAUCAGAACUUAACGUCGUCUUCUGCGCAACUUGACAUAAAUAUUGAAUUGAGCUACAGCACGUACAUGGGUCGCUACAUCGACGCUCAAACUACGCCAAUGACGGACACAGCGACAUCUUUAGUCAAUUCCGACGUGAACUGGAUGAACGCGCUACUUGGUCGCAUACUUUUCGACAUGCACAAGUGCCCAGAUAUGAUUAAUCUCAUUCAGGAUAAAAUACAGCGGAAGCUCUCGAACAUCAAGUUGCCAUACUUCAUGGAGAGCUUGCUCGUUUCGGAGUUGGUUAUAGGUCAGGGUGCGCCAUUUAUUCACAGAGCCUCAAAACCGACGAUCGACGAAAAGGGUCUUUGGCUCGACUUGGACAUCUCCUAUGAGGGCUGCCUCACGAUGAAGAUAGAAACUAAAUUGAAUCUGUUAAAGUUAACAAGAGCCGGCUCUGUAUCUGGCAAUUCGACGGAAAUACUCGCAGUAGAGAAACCAAAGCCGGCCAGGUCGCCGAUGUUCGAUAGCGAUGUGGAGGACAGUCCGGAGACCUCGACCGAAGACGAGGAUAGUACUCACUUGACAGCUGCAAAUCCAUCCAAAGAAUCUACCCCAUCCCAAUCGUCAAGUCGUAAAUUUCUCAGUAUGGUAGACAAGAUUGCAGCCAACAAGUACUUUCAGCACGCCGCCGAGAUAUCCUACGUACGAAAGGCGAUGGCGGGUGUCUCUAAUACGGAAAUCCGGCUGAUGGUUAGUGUCUCAAGUAUCGAGGGUUGUCUGGCAUUGAACAUACCGCCGUCACCCUCGGACAGGCUCUGGUACGGAUUUCGCAACGUGCCAAAGAUCAGUCUGACCGCAAAACCAGCUGUAGGCGAGAGGGCAGUGAAUAUCGGAUACGUGACACAUUGGAUAGAAAAGAAAUUGUUGAGAGAGUUUCAAAAAAUCGUCGUGCUGCCUAAUAUGGACGAUCUGGUAAUACCUCUCUGUCCAAACUAUCCCUACGACUCUUAAUGAAUCCAUUUCUAAGUCUAUUGGUCGAGCCUCGAUACAGGAUACACCAAUGCGAAUAACGAAUACAACCGAUGCAUUUCAGAGAGAUAUUUUCUAUUACGAUAGAUUGUGAAUAAACGAAUUCUAGUCUGUGGUGAACAGCGUGUUGGUAGACAUUAAUAGCGACAGUCAUGAUGUACGAAGAAGACAGGACCAAUUUACGGAUACUGCCAAGAAAUAUCGUGACUCGCUCGUCAUUUAGAACGAAACGACAAUGUGUCACCCAUACGCUUAACAAGAAAAUGAUCAUGAGAAGACCAUCGUGGCUUCGAUCUUUAUUGCGGCUGUUGCUUUAAUCGUUGAAGCCAAAAAGAAAGAACAAACGAAAUGAACUGUUUUAAGCGUAUACACGUGCAUGAGUCGGUAAUCAAUUGCAAUGGCUCUUGUGAAUUUGAAAUAUUAUUUUUUAACAAACUUCCCCAUUCCAAUUAGGGUUGUGACUUGUUAUUGGAACUUUCGAUACGAUACAAUGUUGUUGUCCUAGCUAGUUUAUCUACGCAUGAUCUUCAAAUGAGUAAAUGUUGUGGCUUGCGUGACAAAUCAUAAACCAACAAGAUGGCGUAUGCGACGAUUAUACGCUGUACGACCUAUAAGAUAAUACAAUAAAUAAAGAACAAAGUAUCGCGUAGAUUUGGUGGCAGGAAAAUGAGGGGCAGCGUCUUUGCAUGCAUCCAAAGCACAAGAAAAAGGGAAGCAGCAACGAAAAGUAAUAGAAAAUAGAAAGAGAGUAGUUGUUUUUUACGGGUACGUGUUUCUUGGCUUCUCUGUACGUGUUUUCCAUGUGUUUUUGUAAUAAAAGAAAUGGAAGCUGAAAUAAAAUAUAUAUAUAUUUGUUGAGAGAA